CGUUUCUAUGGUGGCGGCGCCAUGGUUACCGCUGUUGAGGCCGCGUUCUUCAAGUGGGCGGGUCUCUGGCCGAUGUAAACGAUGGUGACAGGGGUGCAGGAUGCAUGCUCUGUGAAAAACAGUCCUUUUAUGGUGCCUAGUUGGAAUCCCACAAAAACAUACACCCUCAAAGCAGGCUGCUAAGAACAAAACACUUGGACAUUAAUGGAAAAAUAGUAAACAUGGAGAAAGAGCAGCGAAAUACCAUCGUGUUUAAUGCAUCCAAACAAGAGUUGUUUACAGCAAGCAAUGGAUACAAGUUAAUGCAGAAGAGAUUGAGAUCUAACUGGAAAAUUCAAAGUUUUAAAGAAGAGAUUUCAGAUGAAAAACUAAAUGGAGUAAAACUUUGGAUCACAGCAGGGCCCAGAGAGAAAUUCACAGCUGCUGAGUUUGGAGUAUUAAAAAGGUACUUGGACAAUGGUGGUGGCAUCAUGGUAUUACUGGGUGAAGGUGGUGAGCUGAAAUAUGAUACCAAUAUCAACUUCUUGCUAGAAGAGUUUGGAAUUAUGGUCAAUUGUGAUGCGGUUAUAAGGAAUGUUUAUUACAAAUAUUUUCACCCUAAAGAAGCUCUUGUUUCUAAUGGUGUUUUGAACAGGGAAAUAAGUAGGGCUGCAGGAAAAGCUGUAACAGGAAUCAUUGAUGAUGACAACACUAGAAAUGACUCUCAAGCACUGACAUUCGUUUAUCCAUAUGGAGCGACACUCAAUGUGAUGAAGCCAGCCGUGGCUGUGCUCUCAACAGGGUCUGUCUGCUUUCCACUCAACAGACCAGUUCUGGCCUUUUAUGAGGCAAAGCAAGGAGGAAAGCUAGCAGUUCUGGGAUCCUGUUAUAUGUUCAGUGACCAGUACCUGGAUAAAGAGGAAAACAGUAAAAUAAUGGAUGUUGUCUUCCGGUGGCUGACUUCAAAUGAAAUUCAUCUCAACCAAAUUGAUGGUGAAAAUCCUGAGAUCUCAGAUUAUAAAAUGCUUCCCAACGUAGGACAAUUAUCAGAACAUCUACGUGUCUGCUUACAAGAGGGAGAUGAGAAUCCAAGAGAUUUUACGUCUUUAUUUGAUAUGACUCUCUUCAAUCUAAGUACAACUGGACUGCCGCAGGUGAUCAAAGCCUUUGAGCAGCUGAAUGUCAAACAUGAACCACUUCAGUUGAUCCAACCACAGUUUGAAACUCCUCUUCCCACCCUUCAGCCUGCUGUCUUCCCUCCAACAUUUAGAGAGCUGCCACCACCAGCACUUGAUUUAUUUGAUCUCGAUGAAACGUUCUCAUCAGAAAAAGUUCGCCUUGCUCAACUUUCAAACAAGUGUACAGAUGAUGAUUUAGAAUUUUAUGUCAGAAAAUGUGGAGACAUUCUUGGGUUAACUGGAAAACUUCCCAAAGAGCAUCGAGAUGCUAAGCAUAUCCUGGAGCAUGUUUUCUUCCAGGUUGUAGAGUUUAAAAAGCUAAAUCAGGAACAUGACAUUGAUACAACAGAGGCGACAUAUUCUCCAUUUUGACAGAGAAAACAAAUCUGGUCUGAAGACAUUCUGUGGCAAUAACGUUUGUAGGAAAUCUGGUGGAAUUUUCCUCAGGACCUCAAGCACAUUUUUUUUUUUUCAUUUUCAAUCAUUUUUGUAAAUGCUUCACAUUAUUUAAAAUGAAAGAGAGCCCUGUAUAUAUUAUCCAAAGAAGUAAUUUGAUGAAGUCUUGACUGUUUAGGUUUUAAGUAUUACAGUCUGUUGAAGGGAAGUCAGCAGGAUUCUUGCAGAUAAUGUCCUUCCUUUUUCAAUCUGCAACAAACGUCGACAGAGCACGGACAGAGAUAAAACUUUGAUGGCUGGUGGAUGAUUACUUUUCUGCUUGUAUGCUUACAGGUGAGAACCUAACAGCUUUAAAUUAAAUAUUAAAUUUAAAAAUUACAUUUGUGUAGCAACAACAGCAUAUUGUAAUGUACAAAUGUAAUUUAAUUAUCAAUGAAAUGGCAAAUUGCAGGUAGAAAACCACGUUCUAAGUAAAAGUGUCACACUUAAACUAGAACUCAUUAUUAUAAGAGUACAUAUGACUGUUAAUCACAUUAAAUGUGUUUAUCAAAUUGUGGUGGAAUGGAAAAAUCAAGCUAAGCAUAAUUUAUCACGUAAAUGAAUGCAUUUUUUUUUUUUUUUUUUUUUUUUGGACAUUGUAAGAUUUUAGUGUGGAGAGUAACACUGAUAAUUCUUCCUUUGCAGUGUUUAUCAUCAGGUUAAUUUGCUUCAUAUUUUAAUGUAAUAUUUUUUGUUGAAGUAAGAAACUUUAAAAACUGAACAAUGUUAUAGAAAUAGUUCAUUUCAGUACACAUCUUCCCAGUUUUUGCCGCUAUAAAGCAGUUAGAGGCCACCUCUAAAUAGCUGCAAAGAUUUUACAUGCAUGAGCUUCGCCUGAACAGGUAAUAAAGACGGGCUGGUUAGAGAACUUGGCUUAUUUCAGUUUAACUUUUUUGCAUAAUAAAUUUAAAAUACAAAUACACAAUUUACUAGAAUGCCUAUUGCUAUGCUUGGCCCAACACGGCCUUUUCUUAGAAAGCCACCAAAAUAAGCGACUUCAAACAGAACAUGGCUAUUCUUUGGACAAUAUUUGUAAUCUUGUAGCUAUAUAUGAAAAAUCUAUUUUGUUUUUCUAAAUAAAUGGCCUUUGUAUUUAA